AACUGGGUAGACGUGUAAACUAACGAUGCACGUGUGGCAUUCGCUCACUUGGAGACGGCCGAGGCCAAACUUUUACGUUUACUGAAAACUCACGCAUGCCUAUUACAUGUGAUAGAGGAUCUAUCGUUAUGUUGUCGUGUUGUGUUCACUAACUUCUGUAAAUCCACUGUCGACCGUACAAGGCGAAAUCGGAAUACUCGGUUGGAGAAGUCGCAUACGAACAGCCAGGAAGAGGAGCCAAUUGUUUGUGAUCCUAGUAAGUAAGUGGUGAAUUUAUCAGACUACAACUUGACGAAUUGCAGUUAGAAGUUUUGUCAUAUGGGGGUGAUUACAAAAUUCCUCCUAGAAGACUGCAAGGGUUGUUUAUAGAUGCUCAGUUUGAGAACCUUUUUGAUCAAUUUGUGGAGCUUCAACCAUACGGUCCUGAGAGUUGUUUGGUUUAGAAACACACUGACCGACGUUGCCUACGAAGUUAAGACUGUGCCAGUGACUGAAAGAUGCGCACUUACAGGCCGACACCUUCAUGCGCUGCAUGAACUGUGUACUAAGGACGUAGUUGUGAUGAAACCGGAUAAGGGCUUUGGAGUGGAGGUCAUGAACAAGGCCGAGUACGCUCAGAAAAUGGGUAUCAUACUCAACGACACGAGCAAAUUUGAACGACAUACUAAGAUAGAGAACGCAGCCGACGUUGAAGCUGACAUAGCUGCCCAUCUUGAAACACUUCUGCAUCAUGGCGUGAUUGACAGCGACACCUAUAAUUGUCUGAAGCCAAGUGGCAGUACUACUCCGCAGCUAUAUGGGUCACCGAAGACGCACAAGAGUGGAGUACCACUUAGGCAGAUUCUGUCAAUGAUAAAUGCGACGCAGCGUAAAUUGAUCCGCUGGCUAGUGGAGAUACUUUCGCCUCUGCGACAACUGUCCAAUCCAUAUAGUCUUAAAGAUUCCUUUCAACUUAUCGAUGACUUAGACGUCAUCAACAUUUCCGAUAAGAUCAUGUGUUCCUUGGGUGGUGAACCUCUAUUCACCAACGUCCCACUACAACAAACCGUUGAUUCCAUAUGUAAGCUAGCUUAGCAAUCUAGUUAUUCGUUACCAAUUUCUAAAGAAAUCCUUGAUUCUCUGCAUUGCAGAUGUUGGCUUCCACUUUCAGAACACGCUAUAUUGUCAAAUCGAUGGUGUAGCAGUGGGUGGCCCACUAGGCCCUGUACCCGAUUUCUUCAUGCUGAUGAUAGAAGGAGGCAUAUCCGCAGGAAUAGCCAAGUUACGGUACUAUAAGUGUUAUGUGGAUGACAUGUUGGUCUUUUGUUCGUCGGAGCAGCUGAUCGUCCAGUUGAUGCAGCAACGCAACUGUGCACAUGCCAACUUGCUGGUCACCUGCGAAGUGGAACAGAAGAACUGUCUGCCAUCCGUAGACCCACUCAUCAGUCGCAUGGAUGAAGGGCUCGUUAAAAGGUCUAUCUACAGAAAAGCAACCUGGUCCGGCCAAUACCUGCACUUCAACAGGUUCACAUCAGUGCGGUACAAGCGGACCCUUGUGAAAACUUUGGUUAGUCGUACUAGACGAAUUUGCUGGGCUGUUUGUCUAGCCGACGAGCUGGAGUUACUUACAACAACCCUCCUAGAGAAUGGUUAUCCCCGUAGCAUUAUAGAGAAACACAGCCAACAGCUGGUCCCGAAACAUCUGCUACAUAUAGCAUCAAGGAAAAAGAUCCAUAUCGAGUUGCCUUUCAAGGAAGAUUUUACUUUAUUGAAACCCACGAAGCUUUUACUCUGUGCUAUGCAGCGACGUUACUGUGCUGCUCAGGUUGUGGUCAUCAAUAGAACCUGUAACUUGCCAGUGCCUCCAACGAAGGAAUCUCAACCGAUAGGGGCCAACUCACAUUGCAUAUACAAAUUCGUGUGCGAAUGCGGAGACAGUUACAUAGGCAGAACCAAUCGGUCUUUGACUUCCCGAAUAAAAGAACACGUGCCAAGAUGGGUUCAAUGUGAAAUUGAUCAGCUUCCCUGUCCCACUGAAGUUCUGUGCUUACGCAAGCCGCCAGCUUCCUCAAUAGGUAAACACCUACUGACUACGCGUCACCUGAUAGAGUUCGGAUCAGCGUUCACACUUGUAUUACGUCACCCUAAUUCCCGCUUCCUCUGUUUCGCCGAGGCUGUCGCGAUAAGCCGGAUGAAGCUGGCCCUGUGUGUUCGAAAGCAAUUAUUUAUCAGCUUGACUGCCGCGGACAUAGGGGUGGAAAUUCCGUCAUACAUUUUGCACCUCAUACUUAUUUGGUCACACCCAUAGUCAAGUAUAUAGUUGCAUACCGUUUAUCGUUAAUGGUACUGGGGAGACAAUACCAAAUGCGCGCAUCUACCAGCUUUCGUCUUCUUACUGUGCUUUUCAACUUUCUGAUGGGAAGUAACUGUUUUAGAUGCACUUGUCCUUUGGUUAUUCUUCACUCCAGACAUGCUACGGGACUUGUCAAGCACCUGCUUUUUGUUCGUGAUAAAUCACUUUUCAUUGUGCCUC